AAUGGUCGUUUCUCUGUGCUGCAGACAGGGGGCGCUGUAGGCUUUUGUGUGAACCCUGUGACCGGAGAGACGAUACGGACGGCCACACCGAGCGCCACAGGACAGCUGACAUGUCCCAGCUGGUGUGAGCUGCAGGGUCUCCAGUGUCGUGCUGAUGGCUUCUUCACCCCAAUGCAGUGUGAUGUCACUACCUGUUGGUGUGUUUCUGAGGAUGGGCAGGAAGUGGAUGGGACCAGGACACCUCGAGGGACUGGACAGGCACCGUCAUGUGAUCGUCCUCUUUGCCCCGACCCCGUCAUCACUCAUGGUGCACUGGUCUGCAGCCCAGCAGCUGAUGCCCGUCAGCGCUGUGAUCUCAUCUGUCACCGUGGUUACCAGAAUUCCCUCCCUGUCAGUAGCUUCCUCUGUGAAACUGAGAGUCAGCAAUGGGAUGGAGACAGCAAACCCCUGAGUGGAGCCUGUCAGA